CUGAAGGCUCACAAAAUCACAAAAUCAAACAUUAAAAUUUUCGCUCUCUAGACUAGCUAGCGGUCUUGGUCUCACUACUACUGUCAAACACAAUGUUCCGAGUCACGAAUCCGUCCUCUGCCUUCUCCUCAAACGAAGAGGAUCCCUCUGCGCUGGAUGCAUCCACUUGCCGCCAACAAGCCUUGGCUCGCAGUAGCCGCAAGCUGGAACGCCACCAUCCCAAUGUCAAGUUGCCACCUCGCUUGGACGAAAAGAGCAAAGAGGAACAAAUUCAACGAUGCUGCGACCGAUUCAAGUCAUUCCCGGCGACCGUCGAUACUUUGAUUCGAGCGUUGCAGACCAUUCUGAGCAACCCAGCUGUUCGAAAAUACCGGCGCAUUGAUCAGACCAAUCCCGGGUACCAACGCAGUCUAGCCGGAGCUCCCGGAGCAGAGCAGUUGUUGCUGGCCUUGGGAUUCAGAAGAAUGACAGACGAACAAAGCUUGGUGCUGGAUACUGUCAACCGAGAUCUCCUGCAAAUGGCGCUCGGUGCACUUAAUGAAACCACCAAGACGCCAGAAUACCAACACGCCAAGAAGGAACUCGUGUUUCGCAAGGAUGUUGCGGCUCACCUUCGUGCCACUCCCACUGCACACGAGCUGACUGCACGUCAGACACUGCUCUCCAAAGUCCCCAGAGAACCAGCUCCGGGCCGAAGUGCCGUCAUGAUGAUUCACUUAGGUGGUAACGACGACAACAGCAGGACAUUGACGCGUAGAUUUGACGGCGACGAUACACUCCAGGAUGUCUUGCACUGGCUGGCGGGAACUGUGGGAACAAUCUUUUACCAAAACCUCGUGGAAAGCCGCUCGUGGUCAUUGGUGGAUGUCAAUCGGUUGGGAGAAACACCCAUCAAUUGUGAUGCACCAGUUGCCGCCAUCACUACGUUACAGCAUUUGGGUUUCUGGCCGAGCGGAAGACUUCAGCUCCGCCCCUCAACGGUGCAUUGGAUGAAACGGCAAAACACAGACUCGUUGGAGAUGGGAGUCUCGCGAGGCUUGGCAUCAGCUCCCAGUGAGACCUUGAAGUACAUUUGAGAACUUUUGGAACUGGUCGCCAACCGUACCCCAAGCAUCAAACACAAAAAGGCGAUUGAUUCAAGGUUCACUGAGAGAAGAAGACGGUAGAGAUCCCUAAAACGUGUGUACAAAACAAAUCAUAACUUUAUAGAUUACAAUGGUCCUCUUCU